GCCGCCGUGCUCCUCCACUUCGCACCAGCUUACCAGCAAAGCAAACAAAAACCCACUCGAACGACGAUCAGUUCUGAAAGCCAGCUCGGCACCAUGGCGUCGAUGCAGAAGAGCCACCAGGAGCGCGCCCAGUCCGCGGCGCAGAAGGCCGCCGCCGAGCUCCACGCCGCGAGGCGGGACCAGGUCCGCGACGAGGCGCCCGCCAGCCCCCGCGCCGGCGGCGGCGGCGGCAUCCUGAGCAGCGUGCAGGACAGCGCGCGCUCCGUCAUGGGCGCCGUCCAGGACACCUUCUCCAGCGGCGACGGCGGCCGGGGCAGCGGUACCAAUACCGGCACCACCCGCGACAGCGCCGCCGGAGACACGAUGGCCACCGCGGGGGACUACGCAGAGGAAGGCAAGGCCAAGGCGAGGGGCGUGGCGGACGCGGCCAUGGGUAAGGCCGCCGAGACGAAGGACGCGGCGGCGGACAGGGCGAGGGGCGCCAUGGACGCGGCGGCGGACAGGGCCGAGGGCGCCAAGGAGUACGCGGCGGACAAGACGAAGCUGCGCGGCGAGGAGUCGGAGGAGGACGUGAUGAUGCGGGUGAAGGCGGCGGACCAGAUGACGGGUCAGGCGUUCAACGACGUCGGCAUGAUGGGGGAGGAGGGCACCGGCAUGCCACGGCGGCGGCGCUCUGGGUGAUAGCCUGAGAAAUACUCGGAACAGGCGAGGGGGGCCGCCGGAGAUGACCUGGCCGGCGGUGCGUGCUUCUCGUGUAUCCAACUACGCUACGAAAAUAAGGAGACGAUGUCGCGUCUCGAUCUCUUCUGUUCCAUGAAGUUUAUACAGCUUAUUAACUUGCAACAAGAAUUACUUCGAUCUUUUAUCUCUAUACUCACGUGUAUGUACAAUAACCAAAUAAAUUUUGAUGAGGAUUC